CUGCUUACGAUGAAUGCAGUGGCAUCAGAUUCGACGACGAGUGCGUGACUGCGCAUGAAAUUUACAAGUGCGGAUUUGAAAAGGCCCCUACAAUUGUGACAAACAUCGUAAAAAACAACUACGACCCUAUCAGCGUGGGGUCUUCUCCGAUUCCGUUUUACCCAGUGCGCCGAACAUGCUGGCUUUCGAAAUUGUUUCCCUGCGUUGCAAACCAAACUGCUAUAGAUUCGAUCAACCUGUUGGGAAGAGACAACAUUGGUUCAAUGGUUACAGUUGCUAACAGAACCUUUUAUGCCAGAACUAUUGAUUUUAUUGACUUCGUAAAUCCGAUUCACGCGUUCAAACACUGCUGCGCCCUCGGAAUGAAACUGUUCGAACCAGCAACCCUGGCAGAUAUGAAACUGGCCUUAAACAUAACUGGACGAGGUGAUUUGAAUGUGGUUCUAGGCGACACAGAGUUCAUCAAUCAGUCGCACGAGGUGUGGUGUCGCAGCCGCACAAUUUUGCAAGACAGUUUCUACGAGUUCAAAAGCAAUUGGCAAAGGUAUCCGAGCGUGGAUUCGAUAAUUGGAAUGUUCGUGAAAACUCCGGCUGUGAUCGUCUCAUUGGAUCCGGUUCUAAGCCUGCAUGAAUUGUUCAUCAACCAAACAAAACAAGCCAAGUUUGGAUCUUUUAUCUGCGAGCACCUCUAGCUCAAAUAGUUGAAAGUAUGGGCACGAAGAUACAUAUAUAUUUGAUUCAAGCAUUUUCUGGGGAUUUAUUAUUACCUAAGCAAUGUGAUAGUGGAUUUUCUUAGCACUGAGUCA